AUGUACUCUUCAAUAAUCCAAACUUUGGCGGUAGCAAUUGGAUUUGCUGCAUGCUCGGUCGAUGCAGUUGCACUACGACGCAGCACGAAGAAGCUCACGCAGGGCACUACUUGGACUCUAGAAGCUUGGGGGUAUGAUGAUACGAGUAAAGGAGAUAUGAUUGACAUCGAUCUACAGACAAGUUCAAAGGACUAUGUAGAGAAGCUGUCAGAUGGUGGGCAAUACGUCGUGUGCUAUAUAAGUGCAGGCACUGCCGAGGACUGGAGAGGAGACUUUCUCGACAUGAUGAAUUUUGCUGCAAGGGACAGUCGGUACCCAGGAGAGUACUGGAUGAACAUCACCAGAUGGCAGGAGUUUAAACAUUUAAUUAAAGCCCGAAUAGAAGAAGCUGCAGAUAAGGGCUGCCACGGAAUUGAACCAGACAAUACUGACGCAUAUGAAUAUGGUUCCAUGGCGAUAACAGGCGAGUCAAGGGAGAGUUUAAGACAGUAUCAAAUUGACUAUAUACGUUGGAUGGCAAAAACUGCUCACGCGUUGGGUCUACAGAUCGGAUUGAAGAACACUGUAGAUUUGAUCCCGGACCUAAUAGACAAUAUGGACUUCGCAAUCAACGAAUCCUGUGCAAAGUACUCCGAAAAUGACUACUGCAGUAAUUAUGACGCAUUUGUGAAGCAAGACAAGGCCGUUUUUGGGGUCGAGUACAGCACUAAAGGCAGUUGUACGGAUGCAAUGUCAGAAGGAAUUAUGCGCAAGUACAAGAACAUGAACAGCAACAAAUGGGUGGAUUGUUAA